AUGUCCGAAAACGACUUGCAGGAGCGACUCCGCGAGUCUGCAAAGGCUUUCGAUGGGCUUUUGUCCCUGAUCCCAGCUCAAAUUUACUACGAAUCUCACAUUGCGCUCUGGUUCACCCUGGCUUACCGCUCUGUCUUUCUUCAGGACCAAUGGAAGCGGAAAAAGCACACCAAGGCUGAGAAGAAGGCCGCAAAGCUUGGCAAGCUUGACCCCGACAGCGAAAAGAACCGCACCGUCCAGGAGGUACUGGAAGAGAGAGCACGCAGCAAGCGCAAGCUAGAGGACGUCGAAAGCCCAGCCGAGGAUGAGGCGGAGCAGGAUGAAGAUGAUAUAAGUCUGAACCUUGAGGGCAUUGAGAUGGAACAGCCCCUCAAGAGGCAGAAGACUGUCGAUAGCGACGAGGAGGAAGGCGAAGAGGAGGUUUCCGCAGCUGAGGAUGUCGGACCUGUCGCCGAUGAAGACGUUUCAAACACUCUUUCGAAUCUUUCUGCCAAAGACCAGAAGAAGCUCCUCAAGAGGCAAAAGAAGCUGGAGAAGAAGGCCGCCAAGACCAAAAAGUCUAAAGAUGCUACCGACGAAGAUGCCAAGCCAACACCAACCCCCAAGCAGACCCCCAAAGCUGCUGAGGCUGAAACGCCUCGUCCGACCACCGAGGAAGACGACCGCAAGCCGGCUCCUGACAGUGAGCUGGCUCCUAUCGACCUUGCGGGACUAGAGACGAACGACGGCGAGGGACAGUCCGAUUCAUCAUCAGCAGAAUCCAAAUCAACUUCUCCAGUAUUUGAUACAGAUUCACAAGCAAACAACGGCUCCGUGGAGCCCGCUAGCGCGGCAACUUCUAUCGCCUCAGCUGCGCCGUCCGACAAGGCUAAACCCGCGAAGCUACCGUCCAGUACAUCAGAGGCUUUCAAGGCUCGUCUUGCCGCCCGGAUCGAAGAGCUUCGCAAGGCAAGGAAGGCCGACGGCGCCGAAGGAAAGCCUGCGAUGACGCGUCAGGAGCUGAUCGAAUCCCGGCGUCAGAAGCAGGCGCAGCGCAAGGCCCACAAGCAAGAGGUGCGAAGGCUGGCAAAGGAGGAAGCCGACCGCAAGCGCGAGGAGGCCCUGGCAAGCGCACGUACUUCGCCGGGAAGCUUCAUGAGCCCUCUGCGACUGGGCGGAUCUGACGCCGGCUCCGAUUCGGGCGCCAACAACUUUGCUUUUGGCCGUAUCGCAUUUGCGGAUGGUCAGCAGAUGGCACACGACCUCAGCUAUGUCAAGGACGAGAAGAAGAAGAAGGGCCCGUCGGACCCCAAGACGGCGUUGGCCAAGCUCGAGGCGCAGAAGAAGCGCAUAGCAGGCUUGGAUGAGGAUAAGCGCAAGGAGGUGCUUGAGAAGGAGACCUGGCUCGCUGCCAGGCGUCGGGCAGAGGGCGAGAAGAUCCGCGACGACGAGACGCUGCUGCGCAAGGCGGUCAAGCGCAAGGAGCAGGCCAAGAAGAAGAGCGAGCGCGAGUGGGGUGAGCGCAAGGCCGGCGUCGAGAAGGCUAUCCGGGAGCGGCAGAAGAAGCGCGAGGACAACCUGCGCAAGCGCCGCGACGAAAAGGCUGCUGGAAAGAUGGGCAAGAAGAAGGGCGGGCCGACCAGGCCCGGUGGCGGCGGUAAGAAGAACCGCCCCGGUUUUGAAGGGGCUGGUUUUGGAGGUACCAAAAGGAAGUGA